AUGUCGUCUUCUAAGAAAUUGAUUGCUGAUCUUGCUGAAAGCUGCUUGUCAAAAUUUAAAAACACAGUCGAGGGCGAUACCUCAGGUGACCAUGAAGUCCUACGAAGUAGACUGGCCGAUUUCCGCCUCUGGGCUGAUACUGUUGGGGCAAUGUCGAAGUCCGGCUUGUCUUUAGACUCGAGAUUUAAGAACAGGCCAGAUGACCUAGACUUAAUAAAGAGCGUCUUAGGUCUGCUUAUCGAUUGUCUGGAGGACUACACUGAACUCAGGUCCAAGGCUAGCUCUACUAUAGAGGCUCUAGGAAAUAUUGAGCAGCUGAUUAGAAAUUUGGCCUUUAUCGGAGUUGCUAUUCGUCAGACGGGGAAAGCAUCACGCAGCCGCAGAGCUGAUGAAACAUUCGACCCCGAGGAGCAUCAGCAGUUUAGAGAACAUUUGGAAUGUAUCAUUCUAUUACGACCUAAUGAAAAUCAGCCUGACAUCAAUGGCCUCAACUCUGCAGAGAUCAAUAAGCUCAUCGAAGCUACGCAAAACAAACCCGACCAACAUAGACAUGUUGCAGAAAAAACAGAAUACUUAUUUUCAUCUAGAUUGAGCGAGCUAGAUCCUUCUAGACUGAGUCCAAUGCAGAAAAGGCUGAUUGAAGCUAACCUGAGGAGGAGACACCGAUUUUUACUGGCCCAGAAGCGAUAUAUGCACGCAAAGAAGAAAGAGCUGCCAGUGAAUGUUUCAUCAUUUAAUGAAGAGGCUGUGCUGGAGUUACAACCACUCGAUUCGGUCACCUCUCCAUUCGCGGGCGGCAGUGUUACGACUUUGUUAAAGGGCCGCAAAGUUGGGACUAAAAUAGCAGUACCAGAAAUUGCCAAUCUCUCUUUAGCAUCAACAGCAGAGGGAACGUUGAGAUACACACAGCCACCCAAGAAGCGGUAUCAGGCAUCGACGAUUGCAAAGUCUCAAAUCUCCUUGAUAGCAGCUGAUACAGAAUUUCCCAGGCCUCCACCAUUACCAUCCGAUCUUUUAGUAUCAAUAUGUCCUUGUUGUUGUCAGUCAUUACCAUCGGAACAUUUUUCAAAUUCUACUAAAUGGACGCAACAUCUUAUUGAAGAUGUAUGUCCGUACACCUGUGUUGCUGAAAACUGUCCUACACCUCAUCUCCUAUUUGCUACAACCAAGGCUUGGCAGACUCACAUAGAAAAUGAUCAUCCUCUCUCUUGGCAAUGCCCCUUUUGCGAUGAGGAUGCCGUUAUAUUUCCCGUAAAGGAACGCCUUCAACAUCACCUCGAAACCCUACACCAAGACCAGUCGAUGGAUUUUUCUUUGGCGGACAUUCUAUCCUGGUCCUCUAUACAAUAUAUGGGCAUUAGUUCAUGUCCCCUAUGCUCCUCUUUCGGGCCACCAGACACACCAGAUAUCGUGGAUCAUGUGGUUCGUCACGCAUAUGAGUUUGCGCUCCGAUCCCUCCCCUGGCCAAGGCUUGAAACAGAAGAGGAUAUUGACAAGCAAAUUGGAACUUAUUCGUUACCAGAAGACCAAUACAGCGCUGUUCGACUUAGAGACUGGAUUGAAAACCUUUCUUUUAGUCCUGAACCGAGACUCCAGAUAUCACAGUACGACAAAAAUGGACAUGACAUCUUGGACACCGUAUCUGUGAUAGACGAUGACCACUUUUUCGCUCAUCACGAAUACUUCAAGGAUGAAGAUCUUAACACUAUCAUAAUGCAAAAUGCCGCCAGUAGCCCUGCUAUAUCCUUGCAUCCGAGUAAUGCAGAUAUAGAACCACCGAUGUCCUUGCAUUCGAGUAAUGCAGAUAUGGAACCACCGAUGCUUACGGGCUCAGGAAAGAGUACAUUUAUUUCUUACUUUGCGCCGGACUCUAAACUCGGAAAUGAAGUCCAGUCGUGUGCUGACAUCGGUAUCUACGCCGCUACUAUUGGCGAUAAGAAGUGUUACUUGAUCGAUACUCCCGGCUUUGAUGAUACCAACAGAUCCGACACGGAAAUUCUUCGUCAAGUGGCUGACUGGCUGAACCGUUCAUACCAAGCCCAGAUUCGGCUGGCUGGCAUCGUCUACCUUCACCGUAUUACAGAUAACCGUAUGGGCGGAACGGCUUUGAAGAACCUGAGCAUCUUCAAAAAACUCUGCGGCGAUGAGGGCCUGUCUUGUGUCGUGCUUGCAACAACGAUGUGGGGGUUGGUGUCGCGAGAGGAGGGCGAGAGACGUGAGCGCGACCUCUCGACAAAGCCAGAAUACUGGGCUGGUAUGGUGAGUAGGGGAAGCAAGGUCCUCCGACUGGACAAGGGUACCAUAUCGGCAUUAGCUGUAAUGGAGCAUAUUUUCGCUCAAAGGCGGCGCAUCACCCUGGAUAUUCAGCAAGAGAUGGCCAGCGGCAAGACGCUAGACGAGACAAGUGCGGGCCAGGAAGUGCAAGCAGAUCUGGCGGCCCUACGAAAGAAGCAUAAACAAGAUCUGAAAGAGCUUCGCAAGGAAAUGGAGCAGGAGUUUAAGAAGCGUGACGCGCGUGCCAGAGAAGAGUUUUUUCAAGAUGGUGAGCGCUUGCGUGUCGACAUGAAGCAACUACAGACCCAACGGAACGAGGAGCUACAACGACUGCGCGAUGAAGCACACAAGAAAGAGAUGGAAGCUCAAAAACAGUUGAUGGAGACCAGGAUUCAGCUGGAUCUAGCCAGACAGCAGAAUGGGUUUGAAGCUCAAAUAGGGGGUAUGAAGGUAGAAUUGGCAAAAAAGGAAGUUGAAGCUGCGAGGGAAGAGAGGCAAGAUGCAGAAAGAAAGAGGAAAAGGGAAGAUGCUUGUGUGAUUAUGUAG